CGGCGCCAUCUGUCACCUCCGCUCCGGCGCCAGCCGACCUUUACCCCUGCCCCGCUGCCUGUCUCCUCCUCGCUGUAGCCGCCUCCCGGUCCUGGGCUCGCGUGACCCUGUCCUUGUCGCUGGCUUCUCCCCCCACAUGGAUCUGGUCGGAGUGGCAUCUCCUGAACCCCGGCCGGCCGCGGCCUGGGGAGCCAGCAAGUGUCCAUGGGCUGCCCCUGAAAAUACAAUAUCUUGUUCCUUGGCUGAUGUAAUGAGUGAACAGUUAGCUAAAGAAUUACAAUUAGAAGAAGAAAGAGCUGCUUUUCCUGAAGUUGGUGGUGUUGCCGAAGGACCUUUCAUCACUGGAGAAAACGUGGACACCUCCAGCGACCUCAUGUUGGCUCAGAUGCUACAGAUGGAUUUCGACAGAGAGUAUGAUGCACAGCUUAGGCGUGAAGAAAAGAAAUUCAAUGGCGACAGCAAAGUUUCCAUUUCCUUUGAAAAUUAUCGAAAAGUGCAUCCCUAUGAAGACAGCGAUAGCUCUGAAGACGAGGUUGACUGGCAAGAUACACGUGAUGAUCCCUACAUCCCAGCAAAACCAGUUCCUACUCCCAAAAAGGGUUUCAUUGGAAAAGGAAAAGACAUCACCACGAAACACGAUGAAGUAGUUUGUGGGAGAAAGAACACGGCAAGAAUGGAAAAUUUUGCACCUGGGUUUCAGGUAGGAGAUGGAAUCGGUAUGGACUUAAAACUAUCAAACCAUGUGUUCAAUGCUUUGAAACAACAUGCCUACUCAGAAGAGCGCCGAAGUGCCCGCCUACACGAGAAAAAAGAGCAUUCUACUGCCGAAAAAGCAGUUGAUCCUAAGACACGUUUACUUAUGUAUAAAAUGGUCAACUCUGGACUGCUGGAGACAAUCACUGGCUGCAUUAGUACAGGAAAAGAAUCUGUUGUCUUUCAUGCAUAUGGAGGAAGCAUGGAGGAUGAAAAGGAAGAUAGUAAAGUUGUACCUACAGAAUGUGCUAUCAAGGUAUUUAAAACAACCCUGAAUGAGUUUAAGAACCGUGACAAAUAUAUUAAAGAUGAUUACAGGUUUAAAGAUCGCUUCAGUAAACUAAAUCCUCGUAAGAUCAUCCGCAUGUGGGCAGAAAAAGAAAUGCACAAUCUCACAAGAAUGCAGAGAGCUGGGAUUCCUUGUCCAACAGUUGUCAUGCUCAAGAAACACAUUUUAGUUAUGUCUUUUAUUGGCCACGAUCAAGUUCCCGCUCCUAAAUUAAAAGAAGUAAAGCUCAGCAGUGAAGAAAUGAAAGAUGCCUACUAUCAAACUCUUGAUAUGAUGCAGCGGUUAUAUAAUGAAUGUACACUGGUCCAUGCUGACCUCAGUGAGUAUAACAUGCUGUGGCAUGCUGGAAAGGUCUGGUUGAUUGAUGUCAGUCAGUCUGUAGAACCAACUCACCCUCAUGGCCUGGAGUUCCUGUUCCGGGACUGCAGGAAUGUCUCCCAGUUUUUCCAGAAAGGAGGAGUAAUGGAGGCUCUCAGUGAACGAGAACUCUUUAAUGCUGUUUCAGGCUUAAACAUCUCAGCAGAUAAUGAAGCCGAUUUCUUAGCUGAGAUAGAAGCUUUGGAGCAAGUGAACGAAGAUCAUGUUCAGAAGAACGGAAGGAAAGCUGCUUCCUUCCUGAAGGACGACAGAGGUCCACCAGUCCCACAUGAUGAAUAACACCGUGCCCGCUGCCUCUCAGUGUCGACAGUGGUGAUUAUCAGCCAGGAGGAAGAGCAGUGCAGUUCUGGGUGACUUGAAAUACCAAAAAUGGAAACAUGAGGCGUGUACAUUGGUGCUUCUGCUUGUUUUUUCCCUUGUAACCCAUGUGCCAGUUGUGUGGGAUUUUUAGCGCAGCACUGAAAGAAUAGAAUGUCACUACCUCUCAUCUCAUGACUAGGGUAAGAUCUAAAGGCUGUCUGCCAGAAGUCCACCUGGUUUUACAUGAUUCGUGGUACUGAAUGUUUUCAUAGGAGGUUUUUUAACUUAGACAAUAUUUCCCACAAUGGAAGGGCCAGACAGAUGUGUUUACAGGGGAGGGUUUUGUUACCUCUUUUCUGUUACAUCUUUAUUCAUAUAUUUUACUGACCUCAAACUAGCCCUUCUCAAUUCUUUUUCCAAAUUGUGACCAUGAGUCUAAAGGAAAAAUUAUUCUCUAUAGUAGGUAGGACAAGUGCAAAUUUGGUUUCACAAAAGCUGAUGGAAACAGGCAUAAGCAAUAUACUUUUUAUUGGGGUGUCAUGAAAAGGAGUUGAAUGGAGCGUCUUCCAUACUGUAACACCCAAGAAGAGACAUCCUAAGUUUGUGGAGAAGAUAAAUAUAUAAGAACUACUUAACUAUCCUGGCCCAAGAAGUUUCUUUAAACUUUCAAUUAUUUUGCAUUUAGUUAAAAUGGUUAAACUAUAAUUCACACAGCUGUAAUGUAAAUGUGGAUUAUUUGAAAGGGCAGACUAAGAUUUAAACCAUGUUUGACAUUCUAUGUUCAGUUUACAUUUUACUCAAACUAGUUAUUGAUUAAUUUCCAAGAGAAAUAUGGCAAAUGAGAAAUACAUAAUUCAGUGGGGAAAGGUAUCUUUAAAGUAGCUCAGGAAUCAAACUAACCAGCUGAUUUGAAUGAGCUGAUGUGAUCUUUCAGUAGUCUAUCACUGAGACAAUGGCUGCGUCCUUCUGAGAGAAAAGCACGCUCCUACUUUCCUCAUGAGUUUGUUAGGGUGAGGUUUACAAACCACAACAUGUGAAGCCUGCUGUUGCCACUAAGUCAGAUUAGAGAAGGAAAAAAUCCAAACAUCUUAACAUUUUUAAAAGCCAAAUACGUUCUUCCUGAACACAUUUUUUUUUAUUUCUCCUGCAUAGUUUUUAACUGCAUUUCAGAAAAGUGUGUUUGAGGUAGAUACUCAUUACAAUCCUAAAAUGUUUACUAUUCUGAAGCAAAGGUUAAGUGGCUGGUGAUUACUGACAGAAAUUCCAGAGAACUAAUUUUUAAAAGCUUUACCAUUUAAAUGUUUUGUUUUCUAACAUCGGCUGUUUCACAAAGAGCAACAGACCAUUGCUGUGUGACAUUCUUAAGUGUGUUGUGAACAUGCUUUUUAAAAAUUAAAAAUGAAGAGAUCAUUUUA